AUGAAGCUGCUGCAGUAUGUGGCGGCGGAGAAGAAGAUUAUCUAUCUCGACGAAACCAACUUUAACAUCUGGAUCAGCCGGAACUACGGGUGGAGCAAAGCGGGGCAGCGCGCAGUCGACACUAACACGUCCGAGGCAGCGAACGAGACGGUGCGGGCCAUGCUUCGAGACCAAGCUACGCGCGGGCCACUCGGCAACAUCGUCGUCGUCUUGGACAACGCUCCGUGCCACACGAACGUGGAGGACGUGUUUGAGGAGCCGGAGUUUGCGGAGGCAGAGUGCUUGCGGCUGGGGCCGUAUUCACCAAUGCUCAACGGCAUUGAGAACGUCUUCUCCGUGUACAAGGCGGCGGUGAAGAGGUACAUGGCGGCAAACAGGAGCCGAAUCCUGAGUGUUCCUGAGGGUACAACGAUCACAGCGCACCGUUCAUCGUUUCUCCUACACGCUGCCAAUGUGAUCUUCCAAGAAGUCGUGACUCCUGCUCUUUGCAGUAAGUGCAUCCACCACACCUUCGCGUUCAUCGCCGACGCAAUUCUCAUGAAGGACAUGCAAGUAGGCAAGUAA